UUGCAGCGCAGGUGAAGUGUUGCCUGUGGUUCAUAGGGCAACAAACAGCAGCAUCAAUGGUGGAGUACGCGUCCAUUCAGGGAACGGUCUGAGAGAGACCAGUACUGGGGCUUACAUGGAGAGCUGAAAGAGAACAUGAGGCUAACAUCCUUAAUGAUGUACAUAUCUCCGGGUCUGCUGGUUAUUUUCUAUAUAUAUGUUGGAUUUUCUGAAGCCGCACCUCGCAUCAUCCCCUACGAUGCGUCGCCUAUCUCCAGGAAGCCCGGCUCAGCCUCCGACACCUGGGAGACCCUGCACACCGACAUGCCUCUGCCCGAGAGCAGCUCCUCUCUCGGGCCUUUAGGUGGACUCACACCGGCGCCUGCUUUUGUUACAGCCGGCCCGAGCACCACCUCCACUACAACAAGCCCUAAUUCUAAACCUGCAACCACCUUCCAGCCUCCAACUACCACGGCCAGGGUGACCACUACCACCACCACCCAGGAUACUGGAUUAAUCUCGGCCUCUACAGAUCAGAUAACAGCGCCGAUUUCCAGAUUAACGAGCAAAAGAUCCACCGAUGUUCAGACCCCACUGUUUACUCCGGAGAAGACUCUGCAGACCAUGGUGUCCAUGGUGUCCCAGCGCACUGCAAACGAUGCCUGGGCUGCAGAUAACAUUGGCACAUCUGUUACCUCAAUAGAGAAUAGUCAAGAGGGUCUUUGUAACUGCAGCAGUGGUAGCGAGGGGAUUCUGGACCCGGACGAGUGUGACCAGAACACCGGUCAGUGCUCGUGUUUGUCAGGCUACACGGGGCUGCAGUGUGAGGACUGCGAGGAGGGAUACUUCACCAACGGGACCAGCGGCUGCCUGCCCUGCGCCUGCGACUCCUACGGUGCAGUGAACCCCCUCUGUGACAGCUCAGGGAUAUGUGUGUGCAAGACCGGAGUGUACGGACCAAAGUGUGAUGAAUGCCACCCGGGUUUCUUCCACUUCAGCAGCACGGGCUGCCGGCCCUGCCAGUGCAACAACCACACCAACUACUGCCAUCCACAGUCCGGAGUGUGUCUGAACUGUGAGGGGAACACGCAGGGAUCCAACUGUGAGGAGUGCAAGCCCGCUUUCAUCCGCAUCCCUGCGACCGCCCUGACCGAAGCCUGUGUACCAUGUUCCUGCUCCAACGCCAGCUCCACCGGCACCUGUCACAUGGACUCUUUCAGAGCAGUCUAG